CUUCCGGUAUGGCGGCGGAAGGGGCGGGUGGGGUGGGGAUGGAGGGAGAUGGAGCGGAGCGACGGAGCGAGAUGGGAACGGGAACCGAACCGGAAACUGAACCGGGAACGGAACCGGGAACGGAACCGGGUGUGGGGGUGGAACAGCGAACGGAACCGGAGCCAGAACCGGAAACGGAACCGGAGCCAGAACCGGAAGCAGGCCCGAGCGCAGGCCUCGCGCGGCCCGAGCUGAGCUUAGAAGAGGCGGACGUUCCCCACGAGGAGCAGUUGUUACGGGAUCCCUACUCCGUGCGCUGCUGGCUGCGAUAUCUCCGCGCCCGACAGGGGGCGCCACGAGCACGACUCAAUCUGCUCUAUGAGCGCGCGCUGAGGGAGCUGCCCGGAAGGGGGGGGGGAGUUCUGGCUUGGU